ACCCAUCUGAAAUUUCCACAAAACUGAAGAAAGGAAAAAAAGAAAAAGAAAAUGAAAAUGAACUUUUCCAUCUCCAAAUGUCUCAGCUCACAUCGCCAUCUUCAUCCCCACCCUUUCGUUCCCUCUGCAACUAGCCAAAACCCACCACUCACUUCUCCUUUAUUACCAAAAAUAAAGACUACCCAUCACUACAAGUCGGUCCAGCACCCAAAACCUUCCCUUAGAAGAUGCUCUCUUCUUACUCCCAUGGCUUCAAAUCAAUCAAUGGGCAAUUUCCAAACAGAUGGGUCGGAGUUCGAGCCCGACCCGACACUAACCAACGAUGACCUUAAGCCAACGAUAAGUUCUCAAAGGUCGUUUUCGGGAUGGGAAAUGGCCUGUCUUUGGGUGGGUCUUGUCGUUGGGGUCCCGACCUAUUACUUAGCCGGUAGUCUCGUUGACCUUGGAAUGGCUUGGUGGCAAGGAAUCGCCACGGUCGUUGUAGCCAAUAUAAUCCUCUUAGUCCCAUUAGUUUUAACGGGUCAUCCGGGAACCCUAUACGGAAUCUCAUUCCCGGUUCUGGCCCGGUCCAGUUUCGGAAUCCGAGGGGCCCAUAUUCCAACUCUCCUUAGGGCUUUGGUGGGUUGUGGUUGGUAUGGAAUCGAGACUUGGAUAGGUGGUGAAGCAAUCUUUCUUCUCUUGCCAAAUGCUGUGAAAACGACGUCAUUUGCCAAUACCGUGGGUUGGCUCGGCACAUCUCCACUUGAGUUCGCUUGUUUUGUCGUUUUUUGGAUCGCUCAAUUGUCGUUUGUCUGGAAAGGAAUGGAGGGUAUUCGAGAGGUGGAGAAGUAUUCGGCUCCAAUUCUCAUUGCUCUCACUUCUUUACUACUCAUUUGGGCUUACGUCAACGCCGGUGGUUUCGGCCACAUGCUAACAUUGUCUUCCAAGCUCUCUUCGUCUGAGUUUUGGGCCUUGUUUUUCCCUUCUCUAACUGCAAACAUAAGCUUUUGGGCUACUCUUGCUCUCAACAUACCAGACUUCACUAGAUACGCCAAGUCCCAAAAGGACCAAGUUUUGGGCCAGAUUGGGCUUCCAAUCUUCAUGGGGGCAUUCACAUUUGUGGGCGUAGCAGUAACCUCAUCAACGCAAGUCAUUUUUGGAAAAGUCAUUUCCAGCCCAAUUGAACUAUUGGGCCAAAUUGGAGGUCUCACAACAAAGAUCUUAGCCAUCUUUGGGAUCAGUCUAGCCAUCAUCACAACCAACAUUGCAGCCAAUGUUGUGGCCCCGGCUAAUGCUCUAGUGAAUCUCAGUCCUUCCAAGUUCACAUUUAGAAGGGGAGCACUCUUAACUGCUUUGCUUGGAAUUGCUUUUCAGCCAUGGAGACUUCUUGGGUCGAGUGAGAGCUUUGUGUACACAUGGCUAGUGGGCUAUUCUGCUCUAUUGGGCCCAAUUGGGGGCAUAGUUUUGGCAGACUAUUAUCUUGUUAGGCGUACGGAGUUGGCCAUAAAGGACUUGUAUUCACUAAGUCAAAAUGGGGAGUAUUACUAUUCAGGUGGCUAUAAUUUGGUGGCUUUGGCAGCUUUGGUGGUUGGGAUUUUGCCAGUGAUUCCAGGGUUCUUGCAAAAAGUUGGGAUCGUUUCUUCAGUUUCUGAAGUGUUUGUGGUCAUAUAUAACAAUGCUUGGUUUUUCAGCUUUUUCAUAUCAGGUUUUCUUUAUUGGGUUUUGUCAAGCUUAAUUAGGAAUCACAACUCCAUACCUCCUCAAGCCCAACAACCUCUUUUGUCCAAUGAAAAUUAAUUUUUUUUGUUACAAUACAAAAAAAUGUUACUUUACAAAUAAGAUUUGUGAAUUAAAAAAUUGUCAUUGGUUUUAUCAUGUGUAUCCAAUCCAAGGCUUACUCAUAGGAUUUGUAAGUUUUGUCUCUAAAAUAGUUGUCGUUUAUUUAAAUCU